UGUGACAACCUCUGAGCAUACAGCAAACAGCGAUUGGACCAACCACAGGAAUCUCCCAGUCAUGAGCUCCCGCCUCGUCCUUCACUACGACAUUGUCUCGCCAUGGAGUUACGUGGCCUUUGUGACGCUCACCCGCUAUGUCAAGCUGUGGAAUAUGGAGAUGGAGCUCAAGCCUAUCAACUUGGGCUACGUGAUGAAGAAUGCUCAGAAUAAACCGCCGCUCACCGUACCCAACAAGGGCAAGCACAUGGGGGGCGAGAUGGUUCGCGCUGAGCAAUUCUUUGGCCUCAAGCUCAAAAUGCCCAAGGAAUUUCCUUUCAACUCUUUCCCCUUGCAGUGUGCCCUCCGCGUCCUGCAAGACGACCAUCCCACCCGUCUCCACUCCGCCACUGCCCACUUCUUCCAACGUGUCUGGAGCGGCGAGGAAUUCGACCUCCUCUCCGUCGAGGCAGUUGGUGCUGAACUGAAAAAAUGGGGAGAGUUGAGUGAAGGGCAGGUGGGAGAGGUGGUCAAGAGGGCGGGAUUGAAGGAGACGAGGACUCUUUUGAAUGAAGAGGCGAAGAAGCUUGUAGAGGAUGGGGGAGCGUUUGGUGCACCAUGGAUCGUCACCACACGACCAGAUGGACGCUCCGUCAGCUUCUUCGGCUCAGACAGGACCGAGCAAAUUGCAGCGUUCCUGGAAAAGCCGUACAAGGGUCCCAUGGCCGAUGGAAGGCCAUCGGCGAGCAAGCUUUAGAGAGGCUCGCCAAUUGGUGGACGACUUCCUUCGACCCUUCUUCGCAAUGGAAUGCAAUGCUUUCACAUCAUCAAAUGCGGUAUUGAGACGGGGAUACAGGGAAAGGUCAUGACAUUGUAACAAAAGCGACCAACAUGCUGAGACGAUCUAGCCG